UGGGUUCCAGUUAUUCCUGACUGGACCUAGCGUCCCAGUGCUUGCGUUCGAUUGAUUUAUCCAUUCGACGCUGCCCCCAGAAUCCGCAACCAGCGCCCGCCCAGAAUCUUUUUGCUGCUUGCAAAAUCCCAGCCGCCGCCUUUAUUAGCCCGCAAUUGGCAACUACCAACGCCCCGCUGGCCACAACGCUGCUGAUCUCCCCGCAACAGCAGCAACAACAAAAAACACACAUACACACAACAUACUUGACAUCUCGACAUCACCAACGCGCAACAAUCGCUCGAGUCCUCGUUGAACACAGCGGCGUCGAUCGCCUACACGUCGCGCGCGCUGCCGUCGUUGAUGCCCGCCUAACACGAGCUCUCACACCACGCACAACCACGCAGUCACCAUGUCGUCCAGGUUAAAGCCGCUGUUUCUGCCACAGCUUGUCGAGCGCCGCAAGGUGCAGCAGCAGCGCCAGGAAGAGUUUGAGCAGGCCUACAUCUACGUCGUCGAUAACAACUCCUCCUCCGACAUCGCCUCGCCCGUCACUCCCACCUUCUCCCAGCGCGGCGGGCACGUCCGAUACUCGAGCUCCACCUCGUCGCUCGACCUCGCCCAGUCCUCGCCGUGUCUAUCGGAUUCCGUCUCUUCCCCUGUCAGCGCAACCGCCUCACAUGCUCCUAGUGUCUCGCCUGUCACCCCCGGCGCACCCGUCAGCAAAACGCCCAAACGGUUACUGCCCGAUGUCCAGGAAGACCCACUCGAAAGGGACGAUGUUGACGAUACCGUGCUGCCGCUCUACGAAUCUCCCGACGGUUCUGAGAUUCUGGACAACGGCUCCUACUGCCUAUGCAGCGAGCCGUGUGACCAUGGCAGUGCCAGCCAGCCCAACAGCUUCUCCUCCCCGAUUUACGAGGUUGACUACGAGACUGGCUUCAUGACCGACAGCGACCUCAGCUCUAGCCCAAACAACGCCAAGAGGCCACGCGGGCGCAGCGGAUUUGAGUCGCCCCUGUCUGGCUUCACGGCUCGUCUUAGCAGCCGCCUGCCUAGCCUGUCACGAUGGCGGUCGUCCGAGAGGCGAGCCAAUGCGCUGAGUCUGAGCAUCGGCUCCGACAUCACGCUGGAACACCGCCCCUCGCUUUCGAUCCACCGCCCGUCGCUCUCCAUUGCAACCUCGAGCAGGUCGUCGUCGGUUUCCGGACACGGCCGCCGCCGCACCCUCGACCGAAGCAACGAGCCGCCGCUGCCUUCGACUCCCGCCCUGUCUUUCUACGAAAGCUCUGACAGCAUCUCCAUUCCCGCCCCUCUCGACAUUGCCGCUGCCAAUGCCGUCGGCCGUGACCUGGAGCGCGAACGUGGCCAGGCAACGACGCCUCUGCUGCCUCCCCUCAUGACCCCGGGCUCUCCGUCGGCUGCGCCCUCGGCUCCGCAGUCGCCUCUUGAAUUCCCCAAGAUGGAGCCGCACCAGCUUCCCAGUGCCGUGUCGGACCUGGGUUCGCCUCUGUUCUUUCCGUCGCCUGCGCUGAGCACGAGGCCGUCUAUAUCCUCCUUCCGCCAUGGCGCCAGCUCGAGUCUGUCGACUCCCGCGACGAUUUAUACCCCCGAGAUGCCGUCUCCCAUGUUUAGCCUCGACCUCCACGACUCGUGGUCCGACCGGCUGGGCCAUGCCAACUUCACUGUCCUGCCCAAGCCGUACGUCCCCGAAGAGGUGGAUCUCCUGGUUCUGCAGGCUCUGCGGGCCGACUGGGACCAGGCGCGUGUCAACUUCACCAAACACCUGAUGCGCACGGGCGAGCACUACGGCACCACAUCCAAGACGUACUCGCUGACGGAGGCCAAGUGGGCCGAGGUCGAACAAGAGUGGCGCAUCGCUCACGAUUCGGUCGUUGACCGCUUCGCCGCCAUCUGUAACGGCAACGGCGAUGCCUCUGAGGCUCUUCGCUGGCGCCGUCAGCAGGAGGAAGUCUCGCCCUCGACUGUCACGCGCAUGAUCGAUGUCAAGACCAAGUUCCCCGACCUUGGCGACGAGGACAUCGUGGGCCCCAUGGUGCGCGACGCCGCUGUUGCCCGCAACCUGUCUCCCGCCCGGGAGAGGAGCGCCUGUAAAUUCUGGAGGAGCCUUGUGGGCCGUGUUGGGCUUAAGAAAUAAUCAUCGCCCGACAGCAACAAGACAAGCGCUCGCUCACGAACCGACCCACCCAUCUUACCCCAAAAUCUAAACCACCUAGCACGGCGUUGCGGACGGACCCAAAAUCACGGUUGCGCUUUUCCCCUUAUUUUCCCCUUAUUUUCCCAUCUUUCUACCCUGCUAUCUUGCGACUCUUUUCGUGCUCGCUUUUGGCGGCGCCUUUUGUUAUGAUACCACCGGAUGUACCGAGACCCGACAAGGACUCCUUUUUUCACGCCUCGACGAUAGACUUGAUACCUCCUCCAUGGCGGCACACUCUUUUCCUGCUCCCCCGCCUGGAGAAUAUGCUGGAACCAUUUUUUGCUUCAUUUAUCAUUUUGUCUUUCCCCUCGGCCAAGCCACAAUACCCUCAGGCCACCUACAACGACGACUACGUUGGUUAUAACGACUACCACCACGCUCACUGUUACGCUUACUGUUACGCUCAUUACCAUUUUGAUUUACGAUCGCAUUGCCCUCUUAACGAAUGCCGGGCGGCACGCUGCUACGAGCUACUCCAUGAACAAAUCACCCGCACCCCCAUCUGCCCCAACUACACCUACGCUCUUUGCAGGCGCGGGACGCUUUGACGUCACGACUACCUUGAUCAGGAUUGUCACGGCUUUGUUGCAUGUAAUAUUUUGUCUCUCCCUUUCCCUGUCACCGUUUGAAAAGCCCCCUGCGCCCAGAGCGCGUGCGCGCAAAGUAUGAUUAUUACACGGGAUUACUGGCGGAUCCCCCUUGUUGUGCUUGAACGCACCGAACUGUACUGCCCCAGUCUCUUAAAUCCUUAAAUGCCUAUUAUCCUAAAUCCUCCAAUGUCUUUUUUUUAAACCCCUAUUUACUUCGCUCCCCAGGCUUGGUCAGUGUUGGGGAGAGAAAAAGACAUGUAUAUGUAAAAACAGAAAAAAAAAGAGCCCUGCGCGCCGCGAGCGCCGCCAGCUGGCCUCGAAUUUAAAACCAAAGCGUCAAGGGACGCGACAUUUCCCCAAUAUUGGAAGCACCAUCUCGUGAUUCCUGCCCUGGCAUAAUGUC